CCAUCGGCACGACAGGAUGGGUACUUAAGGCGGUCGGUCGUGCCGGGUGUCGCGGGGCAUCUCAUCCAGCUUACUGCUCCUGUUCAGCUCACCCACACCACCCACCAUGGCCCCAAAGAAGAUUGUAGUGUUCGGCAUCACCGGCGUGCAAGGCGGCAGCGUCGCGCGCUACCUCCUCGAUGACGGUCCCGAGAAGUUUGAAGUGUGGGGCGUGACGCGCAGCAAGACGAGCGCCAAGGCCAAGGCCCUCGAGCAGCAGGGCAUCAAGCUCAUCGAGGGCGACCUCGACAAGCCCGAGAGCUACGAGGCGGGCCUCGCCGGUGCCGACAACGUGUGGGUCAACGCGGAUUUCUGGCUCUACUACGACGGCCACAACGCCGACGUUGCCGGCGCGCGCGAGGUCGCGCAGAACAAGGGCGUCAUCGACGCUGCCCGUCGCCAGAAGGUGCCGCACAUCACCUUCUCCGCGCUGGCCAACUUUGGCGACAAGUUCCCCGUGCCGCACUGCGACUCGAAGGUGAAGAUCGUCGAGUACCUCAAGGACAUUGGCCAGAACCACGCCCUCGUCUACCCCGCCUGGUACUUCACCAACGUGCUCAUCUUCCCGCGCCGCCGCGAGGGCGACAAGUGGAUCGUGCAGUGGCCGUUCCCAGACGACAAGAAGAUGACGGGUUUCGCGCCCGAGCAGGUUGGCGCGUUUGCGCGCCUCGUGUUCCGGGACCCCGAGGCGUGGAACGGCAAGGAGAUCCACUGCGUGUGCGACAUUGGCUCGCCGCUCGAGCAGGCCGCCGCCAUCUUCGAGCACCUCGGCGUCACGGUCGAAGUCGAGCACCUCACCCGCGAGCGCUUCUUCUCGCCCGAGUUCAAGGCGACGCUCCCGGACGAGCUGUUCAUCAACUACAAGGCGAUCCUGGACGGCAUCGAGGACCCCGAGACGGACACGGCGCAUGCGCUGUACCCGGGCGCAUGGUACUUCAAGGACUGGGUCGCCAACACGCCGGCGCUGGCUACGACGUUUACCAAGUAGGCUGGUGGUAGCGUAUGAAUCAGUG